GUGUAUUGAAACGCUCCUAUCAAAAUACCAAUGGCAAUCUCGUAAUAUAUAAGGAAUCUAAAGGGCAUAUUCUUCUGCGCGCUGCCAUAUUUACACCGCCCAAGGAGACGUAUCAGACUUGCCGAGCGCGUGACUUUCUCUAGCCUCAAAAUUGUUCUUCCUUCCAUUUAAAACAAACACACCAUUCGUCCAUCGCAACCGUCAAUAAUUCAACCACGUCAUCGAUCCUUGCUUUUCUAAUCCUACGGUUCACAUUCACUUACUCGUCAAACGCCCUUUGUCUCUCCAUCUAACCCUACCGCGGUCAAACUUAACUCAAAUCCAACUAACCCUAACUCAUCUAACUCGGAGGUGACUCACCUCCAAUAUCUUAUAGCGAGCCAGCAUCUCAGAAACAUACACAGAGAAUUUUAGAGAGAGAAUUUUGACAUAAGCCAAAUUCUAGGGUUUUACCAUUUCACCAGAAGCUGUAUCGUUAUAGGAAUUGAUUAUAGGAUUCCUUAUGUGUUUUUAUGCAGUGGAGAAAUAGGGUUUGGCAGAAUAAUGGAUGAGAUCUGGGAGAGGGCCGUGGAGACGGCGUUGGACGGCCAAACGGACAUCGAUUUGGUUCGGACGUUAACGCUCGACGGCGCGGUGAAGUGCGUCCACGGCCGUUUGCCGCCGCCGUCGCUCUUCGAAAAGUUCCACAAUCUCCAGCACCUCUCUAUGGCCAACAUCGGCGCCUCGUCGCUGGAGCAGUUCCCCCGCCUCCGGAAUUUGCAGAAGCUUAUUUUGUCGGAUAAUCGGAUCGCCGGUGGGCUCGAAUUCCUCGUCGAAGCCGGGCUGGAAUCGCUACGGGACCUUGAUUUGUCCAAUAACAGGAUUUCAGAUAUUAACGACCUGAGACCGUUGGCAGAGUUGAGGCUGGUUUCAUUGGAUCUCUACGAGUGUCCUGUUACGCGGAUUAAGGAUUACCGAUCUCGGGUUUUCGGUUUGAUUAGGUCAUUGAAAUAUUUGGACAAGAUGGAUGCGGAGGAGAAUGAGCGCCCCGAGUCGGACGACGAGGAGGAUGAUGAAGAGGAGGAGGAGGAUGACCCCGGCAGUGGAGAGAUAGAUGGCGAGGACCACCCGUUUAGGCUGAGCAAUGGGCAGAGGGCGGGGAGCGAGGGGGUUGUGGAUGUUGAUGAGGAUGAGGAGAGCGACGCGGACGAGGAGGAAGCCGAGACGUCAAGAGCCCUCAACGGCUUGAGUCGUGCCGGCAGUUCACAUCAUCAUUCCAAUGGAUUUAAAGUGGAGGUUGUGGAUGGAGAGGAUGACGAGGAGGAAGGAGAGGAUGAAGAUGAUUCGGUGGAGGAAGUGUACGAGGACGACGAAGGUGAUGAUGAGGAUGUAGUGGAAGUCCACGAGAUAGAUGACAGUGACGAUGUGGAGGACGGUGUUGAGGAUGAUGAUGAAGACGACGAUGAUGAUGACGAUGAGGAUGAGGACGAAGAAGAAGUAGAUAACGAUGAGAGGGAUUUGGGGGAGCCCGAGAGUACUGGGAGGCUCACAAGCACGGAGGGGGAAAUUGAUGGACACGAGCAGGGGGAGGAUGACGCUGACGAGGAUGAUGAUGGGGAGACGGGGGAGGAAGAGCAGGCAGUUGAAGAGGAUGGGGAAUUUGAGGAUGAAGAAGAGGCUGACGAUGAGGAAGAUGAUUAUGGGUCUGCUGGAUACCUGGUUCAACCAGUGGAGCGGGUGGAAGCAGAAGAUGGUGUUGCUGUUGGGGGUAGUGAUGUGGGAGAAGGUGAAGACCCUGAAUUGGAGGAAGAUGUUGAAGAUGAAGAUGACCAAGAUGGUGAGGUCCAGGAAUUGCCGCCUUCAUCUUCUUCCCAUAAUAAUAAAAGGAAGAGAAAUGGGGAUGAUGAUGAUGAUGAUGGGGAUGAUGGUGAGGAAGAAGAAGCCGACAUCGUGCAGUACAGCAAGUCAUCGAAGCACCGAUAGAAAAUGGCGGUUGUGUUUAUAUCCAACAAGGGUGGAAAACUUGAAAUUAGUAAUGGUUUGCAAGUGUCCCUAGACAAUAUUUUGGAGGGAAAUUAUGUUAUGGGUGGACAGCAUGAAAAUGAAUGUUUAAAAAGUGGUUUAUUUCCCGCUUCGCUUCAGUUGUGCCUGUGCCUGUGAUUCAACUCGCUCCGCAACUCAGUUGUCGCGACGGCAGAAAAGGAAAGGAAAGAAUUGGAAAAUACUCGAAACUCUCUUCGCAUUUUUUUAAACAUUUUUUUUAGAGGGAAAAAAGAAAUUGAAAAAACUUGUACAAACGUGUAUGUUUCUACUGGAUCAGUCAAAAAAAUUGCCAAGGCGGCGUCGUUUUGUGAGCACGUGCAUAUGCAUGAAUCCAUUGUCAUGGAGUUAUUUAAUUUUUUUAUACUAGCUGAAAGUAAUUAUUGGUGAACUUGCAGGUGAUUGAAGGCUAGGCUCUCGUGCUGUGGGGAAUACAUGAUGGGCUUUUAGCAUUUUGCGCCAAUCAGCCCAGCCCUUCGCCAACCACUUUGGAUUUAUUUUUGGGCUUGCUUAUUCAAAAUGUCCUAAUGAAUUAGGCUGUGCUGGUGUACUCGCUUUUUUGUCACUUGCAAAUAAUCCAAUUCUAUCACAGAUUUAUUUAGUGGUAUUAAAAUAACAACUUUGGCUA